GUCCUUGUUCAAUUUAUUGUGGAUGGAAUUUGACGAGCCAAAACAUGUGCCAGUAAAGCAGAGAAGGAUUGUUGAUGUAUACAGAGAUAUUUUUUUUCUCGAGAGGUAGCUAGACAGAGCUUUAGUAUCUAUAAAUAGAGUUGAGAAGAAACCUUCUCAUCACACCAAAAUCAUUUACUCUCCUUCUUCUCAAUUUCAGAAAUCUUCUCACUCUCCUCUGCUUUGAUUUUCGGAAACAAUAUGGCAUCCGUGGUUCCAAAGUCGAUGGCGGUGAAGUCAAAUUAUUACAACACGAGAGGAUAUUUCCACUUCAAGGAGGAGGAUGGGUCGGUAGGUCUGGGGGAGGAGAGCGUGUUCAGCACGCUCGCCAAGGUGGAAGUGGAGCCCGCCAAAAGCAACGCCAACUACGUCCACCUGCGAUUUUCCCAUUUCAACAGAUACUGGCAACGGAAAUCCGACGGCAGCUGGUUCAUCGCCGCCGAAUCCAACCAGCCCGAAGAAGACACCACCAACCCCUCGUGCACGCUCUUCGAGCCCAUCAAGGUGCCCGACGACGAUCCCGCCGGCGCCGGUUUCUUCUACUUGAUCCACGUCCAGAGCGGAGGCCGCCUGCUCAUAGACAACGACACCUUCGUCUUCUACGUCGAAUUCAAUCCCAAAAGUUACCAAGGCUAUCUAAAAGCUGCGGAUAUGGAUGCGCUGGUUAAGCUCCCUCCACUCGUCGCAUUCAAAGGACUCACCGGCUUCGUCAAAGGCUUCAGAGUCGACGUCCGCAACUUCCUGCAGGUCUCAUCCUACGAUCGCAACGAAGCCUUCUCGCGCCACCAGGUGAGGCUGAUGCCCGACGGACAUGUCCGAUUGCUCUGCGAAGGUUGGGGCCUGUGGUGGCGCCUCGGGGCCGACGACUGGAUCAUGGGCGAUGCCACCGACGAGAACGCGGCCGGGACUCUCUUCUGGCCGCUCAAAAUCGACGGCGCCACCAUCGCUCUUCAAAACCAAAGCAACGGCAAUUUUUGCCGCCGUCUCGUCGUCCCCGGCAGCGUCUUCACCGAUAGCCUGAGCGCGUCGGAAUCCGCUCCUUCGAGGCAGGCGGGACUGCAGGUGGAGGAGCUGGUGGCGGAGAGGAAGAUAUCCAACGUGAAAUUUCUGAUGGAAUACGCUCGCGUAUUCGACUUGGAGCCUUACACGGCGUGGAAGUCCGAGAUUCCUAACGACACCGACCAGGAUGCUAACAUGGCGGUGGUGAUCACGUAUGAGGACUCGAGAAGUUACAGUUUUGGGCGGAGCUACACAUUUCCGGCGGGGGUGCCCACCACCAUCGAAGCCGACCUGCCAUUCGUUGGCCUAGGAGCUGCUAUUGCGCCAUCUGAUUAUCGGAUAAGUGCGCCGCUGCAGUGGAACGCCGCCAACACGAUGACGAGCACCGUUCAGGCUACGGGUUUUAUUCCGGUGCCGGCGAGGCAUAAGGCUGAGGUUCAAUAUUUGGGAACGAGAGCCACCUGCAGUAUUCCCUUCACCUACACUCAGUCUGACAAGAGCUCCGCCCCCAGCGGCGCAACCUCUGAAACUCUUCAGAUUGAUGGUAUUUACACUGCCGUCAGUUGUUUCCAAUUCAACUUUAACAUCAUAAAUUUUAAGGACCUUUAAACUAAGUCCAGGCGAGGGUUUUUUUCAUCAACUUCUUCCAACUUGCUUUUUUCCCUCCUAAUAAUAUGAAUGUAUCUUUGUUGUAUUGUUUUAUCCUCGUAAUAAUAUAUUUGGGGUGUGUUUGUUUUGAGGCA